CUAAAAUAAAGACCCAUAGGCUCGCUCGCCUCCCCGUCAAUUUUACCUUUUCUGCUUCUUUUCCUUCUUUAUUGUCUUUCCUUGUUGCAACAGAGCGCGGGAGGCAGCAGCAGCUCCGCUCUGAGGCUUGUCAAGGCUCAGCGCCUGCACAUACACACACACGCAACCCAGGGAGAAAACAUUUGCUCUCACCUGUCUCCAAGCCCAUAGCAAACCUCACGUCCAAGUGAACGGCCAGCACUUCGAACGAGAAGGCACCCAAGACAGCAUCUUAAUAUAAGGAGAAGAAAUUCAAUGUAUGCUAGCAAGUGUGCACAAGGAAGAAAAGGAGCAUUUUAAGAGAAGGACACCUUAAGGAAGACUUUUUUUUUUUUGGAUUUCGCACUAAACUUUGGAAAGUUUUUAUUUUUCUUUUUCUUAAAUUAUUAUUUUGUGCAUUUUUUUUCUAAGAACAUUGAGCCAUUGUUGUCUGCAUGUAAAAUCUUUUACCUACAUACAUUUUAAAAAGCAAGACAACCAAGAGGAAAACCAGCAUGUGGACCACCUAGCAGAAGGCAAUACCGAAGCAUCCCUUGAGGGAAGGGGGACACGGACUCUGGAUGCGGAUCAUUUCGAGGGACUCCAUUUCUCUUCCUCCGGGCUUAUGAGAUAGCACCGAGGCAGGCGAGUCACCGAGAAUCACUUCUGCCUCCCCCCUCCAUCACAGCCACCUCCUCUUCCAAGGGCGCCCGCAACUCUUCCACCAGCAGCAGCCCGGCUCGGAGGGGAGAUGGGAACACGCGGCGCCCUCGAUGCCUGAGGCCGGGCGGCUCUGCGGGAAGCGCUUCCCUCCCGGAGCUCGCCGUCCAUGUGCCCGCAGCCGGCGGGGCCUGAAGCCGGCAUGAAUCUCGGCGUGGUCUUCGCGUUCAUCCUCUCCCUGCCCCUGGCCCGCCUGGAGGGGGACCCUAUACCCGAAGACAUUUAUGAGAUUUUGGGUGACAGCUCAUUGCGCUCCAUCAGCGACCUCCAGCGCGCCCUGCGGAUAGACUCCGUAGAGCAAGAUAGCUCAAGCCUGAACCUGAGUACAACUCAGCCUGGUCAAAACCCAAUGGUCCUGUCUCGAGAGCGACGAAGCAUAGAUGCUCUGGCAGCAGCAGAACCGGCUGUCCUUGCAGAGUGCAAGACACGGACCGUGGUUUUCGAGAUCUCCCGCAACAUGGUGGACAGCACCAAUGCCAACUUCGUGGUGUGGCCACCCUGCGUGGAGGUGCAGCGCUGCUCCGGGUGUUGCAACAACCGCAACGUGCAGUGUCGUCCCAUGCAGAUUCGUGUGCGGCAUGUCCAGGUGAACAAGAUUGAAUUUGUCCAAAGGAAGCCAAAUUUCAGGAAAGUCGUUGUGCCUUUGGAGGACCAUGUGCAGUGUCGGUGUGAAGCUGUGUCCCGUCCGCCCCCAAGGAGCAGCCGGCCAGUGCCACGGGAACAGAGACGCUUGUCACCGUCGUUCACCACAGCCACUGUCUCACAGAGGCAGCGAGUACGCCGGCCGCCAGCGCAGAAGAGGAAACAUAAGAAGUACAAGCAUGUCAAUGCUAAGAAAGUGCUGAAAGAAAUCCUCAUAGCAUAGAAGUGCUGGCAGGGGAGAGAGAGAGCACAAGGUUUAUUUAAUAUAUUUGCUGUAUUGCCCCCAUGGGGUCCUUGGAGUGAUUACUUUUCCUCUUUGUCCGUCUGCCUCGACGUCUGAUUCAGACGGCAAUUGGUGCUUCCCUUUCCAGCAGUGGACCUUCUCCCACCAAAGCCUCUCCCUUCUUUCAUUUAUUAGCAUAAUUUUAAAGUUUUACACACACACACAAACAAGGACAAACAAGAUCUAUCUAUCUAUCUAUAUAUAUAUGAGAAAAGAACAAAGUACAGAUAAACCCGUGAACCCCGACAGCCACAACAUGCAAUGAGGACAGCACAAUGCCUUCCCCGCUCCAGAGGACAGGAUAGAAAAUGAGAAAAGGAAAGUGGGUCCAAUUUCUUCAAAGGGAAGAAGAAAAACACAUGGACAGAGGGCAGAAGGGGAAUGUUCUCCUUUUCCCUCGUGUUUCUGGUAAGGCUGGGGGGCCUGGCUGAGAUCAAAGCUUGCCCUGGACCUUCAUUUUGGAAACAGACAUAUCUCAGAUGGCGAUGAUGGAAAAUGCACUAAGGACUUUAUCGCCCUACGUGGACAGAUCUAUAUAUUUUUAACGUGCGUGUGUAUAUUUUAUUUUAAGAAAAGGAAAACCAAAACCACUAAGAUAUACAACAUCUCGGGGAACAUAACACAAAAAGAACCACAAAGCAAAACAAAAGAAGCCAAAAGCAUUCCCCCCCUUCCCUUUCCCCUCCGGCUCCUGGUGCUGACUGGAAGGUGUUUGGAUCAUGGGGAAGGAGCGGACAGCAGCAGGGCCCUUUCAAAAGGGGACCCAUCUUUGCACAUGCUGGUGGAGAAUUCAAAUUUCCAGGCUCGGACUUAAAAGUAUUUUUUAAAUUCACUCUGUAUGUGUGCGUGCGUAUAUGUGUGUGUGUGUAUAUA